AUGUGUGAAAAGUACGUGGGGCGUGGACCUGAUAGGGUCAGAAUCAGUGCUUCCAAAUGUCAGCAAGCGGUUAUGGAAAAGGAAAGCAUCGUGGAGAGGCAAGAACAGAAGCCGGUGAUGGGUGAUACUCAGUGUGACAAAUACAACCUGGUCGAUUUUAGCCUGGAAGAGGUUGAAGAGGAAAUUCGUCUCGAAAAAAUUCGGCAAACGUCGCUUAAGUUUUCGUGGGAUUAUUUGUCACAACUUUUACGUCGAAAUCUUAUGGAGAAACGUUUUGUACUCAGUGCUGAUGAUAAGGAGGACUUGAUGCAAGCAGCUGCUGAUAUGAGGAAACAUAUGCCGUCGGAUAGUGAUCGCGAUUUAUCAACACAUUUACGACAUCUUGCUGAAAGCUUGUCAAGUGAUUUCCAAGCUCAUCCAGGGUACAAGAUUCGGAAUGCAGAUUUCUCACUUGAAAUUGCUGUUUCUGCUGAUGGUCAACAAAUCACCAGUUGUUCAGUAUCCUGGUUUGGUGAGCGGGCAGUGGAAGCGCAAGCACUUCGUCUUUACGUUUCUCGAAACAGAUGGGAUCUUGUACAUACAGCACUAACAACUAUGUUUCACCUUGUUCCAUCAGAUUUGUCAAGGGACGAAAAGAUAUACUGUUUGCGAUCACUGGAGUAUGCUGAAAAAGAUCUGCUGAAUAUGUCUGGAAGUGCUCCGUCAGUUUUUGAACAAAUAAACGGUAGUAUUUUGGGUCUCUGUAAGCCGCGAACUGAAUCAACCCCAUUCACCAUUUAUCCAUUCGUCGAACCUGUAGUAUUCUUGGAUGCUGCUUCUGGUGUUAUCAUAUCUCCUACUGAUGAGCAAGUGUUGUAUGAUGUGGAGCCGUAUCUUCAAUUAUGCAUUGUCUCAAGUUCAACCCCGAACUUCUUUUCCGACACUAUACUUUUUGCACAUGGAGAAUGGCGCAAUGCUGUGUCCGGCCGUCAGUUACCGGCUGCAUUUUGUUUACGGUUUUCAAGACCAAUUAUAUUUUCAUCAGCUGCAAUUAAAAAGCUUUCUAAGAUUGCAUCAGUUCAGUUGAAUGUUGAAGGCUCAUACAAUCUGUAUCAAUAUCUAUUGAAUGAAAAUGAAGAAUGUCAUGAUCUUUUUGUUCGUUUACCAGGUUGUUCUACGCAACACUAUAUUUUUGACGACUCCAUGACGUCUUCGCAGGAAGAUGGCAUUUUGAGACAGAUACCAUUCGCUCAUUUGCAAGAUGUGGUUUUUCUUGUGAGCAUUAUUCGAACACAACUGGCUCAUAAUGCCUUCUUCGAAAGCCUUGUGAGAGCACAUAGUCGUAGUGCAUGUGUUGAUGAAAAUGUUGUUGAUAUCCACAUUGCAUCUUCGUACAUCGACUGUUUUGAUCUUCAGUUCUAUCUGAAAAAGAAUCUUUUUAUAGCCCGUGUUGCUGUGUCACCAUCAAAAAUUAAUGUUUCAUUGGAAUGUGUAAUAAAUGGAGCGGUACUUCCGGAAUCCCAACAUGCCACAGCCAUUCUUGCGAAGAGUUGGUCGUUGGCAGUAAUGAUGCGAAGUGUUUUGCGGCGUGGAGGGGCCAUUUCGUUGGCUGCGCUUGAAAAACCAUUUGUGAUGAACGAAAAUGUUGAUAAUAACUGCGACGUUAAAAUAUCACAAUCUUGGUUGUUUGUUCCAAACAUAAUGGACAGCAGCAUUAACUACAACAAAACAGAACACGAAUACGUGGUGGAUGAACGAAUUAAUCUUAAUUGUUCACAUGAUAGCAACACCUUAGGAAGGCAGUCACCACUGUCUUUAUUAGCACUUUUCAAAGAGCUUGAAAAGAUAGAAGAACUGAUACCACCUCAGAAACCCAUGAAUGGAGCGCAACAAUGUACGGCACCUCCACGUAACGAAAUGCUUGCACCACGUACAAAUCGUAUCCAUUCUGAAAAUACGAUGACGAUCAAUGCCUUCUCUGUCCUGGAUGCAAUUUGUGACAUGGCAGCAAGUAUCGAUGAUGGUGAAUCGAAUAUUUCCGAGCAUAGUAGCCAUUCAUCUACUAGUCAAAGGCUUCGGCCACAAAUACCGCCGCAAUCACCUUCACCAGCUAGCGAACGUUAUCGUACAUCCCAAGCAGGAAAUUUUUCACAGCUCUCGCCGCUCGAUAUUGCACGCCAACGUCUUGCGCAGCAAGCACCGAUGAGUAAUCCGACAGAUGUCUUUGAAUUCGAUGAUCCACCUCGCAUGAACUCAGCAGGUCCGAUGGGAACAUCAGCUCAGCAAUUCCAUUUUCCGGAAGCAGGACAAAGUCCAUAUUCCUUUGUAGCCAUGCAAAGUACCAGAGGUCCACUGAGUGCUCAGCCGACUUUGAAGCGUCGGGGUCGAGGUCGUAAGGCAGGAAAUAUAGGUGAUCGAAUGUUGGAUCCAGCUCGACCAAUUCUUGAUCAGAAUACUGGUUUGAUGUUUCGUGGUAUGAAUAUUCCGACACGCAAGCCUCGAGGAACUUCGACAGCAAGGCGUCCUCGAAGACCCCGGAAAGCUGCUCAUAUGCCUGCGUCUCCUGCACAUUCACAUCAGUUUGCCGUAAAUCGCCCUAUGUUACAACGUUCCUUCUCUGAGAUGCCUGCUUACCCUUCACAAAUGCCAACUGUCAGCUUAUCACAAGAAAAUCGAUCAGAAGCAUCCGAAUUCGAUGGAACUGAAGAGUCGUCAGAUGAUGAAACUGAUCCACCGCCUCCUGUUUGUACUACUGCGAUGCCGCAAUCGUCACCUCAACUUACUGCGAGUAACAGUACUUCGAUUCCACAAACAACUACCGUCGGCAAUCAUCCUUCCUCAUCAGCAACAUUAUCAUUUGUUAAUAAGUCUUCAUCGUUAACUGCCGGUCUUUCAUCUAUUUCAUCGAGCAGUCCAGCAACAGAACUUGCACCUCCAAGUUCAUCUCCAGCAGCAAUCAGUAACAGUUCAAUGCAGUCGGCGGGACUCUUAGCCCAUAAAGCACGUAAAGGAAGUCUAGAAGCUGUGGUAGGGAAGUUGCACUGUAAAACAACUCCAGCAAACAUCAGUGGUUCGACAACAUCAAAUCCGUAUUUGGCUUCAGAUUUAUAUGACGAUGAAUCGGAACCAGUUAUUAAACCGCCUGAACCAGUUUCUACUAAGCGUGAUAGUCCAUCAAUAUCGACAUCAUCCCCUGGUGCCCGAAUGUCGCCCAAUCUAGCAAAGAUGAAUGCGGAACAGCCAGGUUACGGUUCAGAGUUGAAAAUAAUGAUUAAAUUGAAACAGCAGGCAUCCGCGCGACCAUCUACUGGACCAUCGCAGUUUUCAUCGGGUGGUGUGCCACCGUCUAUGCGCUUGAUUGGUCAGCCGCCUUCGUCAUCACGAUCAAAGGAAGAGAAAGCUCUUCUACGACAAAAACAGUUGAAAGAGAAAAAUCGUUCUGCACCAGAUGAACGUGCUCGAAAGGCGGGUAAAAGAGAACGUAAAGGCGAACUUAAUAGUAGCAGUGGUAGUAAGAAAUUGAAAAUAGAUCGACCAUUAAAUGAACAAAAAACAACAACAGCUGUUUCUCCAAAAGUGGAAUUUCCACAAGCACUCGCAUUCGCUAGUCUUAAAAACUUUAAGAUACCAAAGGUGAUGGAAAAUGAAAAAUGUGAGAGCCCGACGCCAACAACAACAACCACUCCAGCUGUAGCUACCUCAUCAUCCUCCGGUACGCAUUUAAACGUUGGUCAAAAUUCGGGUUGUUCAACAGUGCAAGUGGUUUCUUCAACAUCGUUAUCAGCAACAACCACAAUAACUCCAGCAACAACAACUCCAUCUUCCUCUUCAUCGGCUGGAACGUCUUCAAUAUUUCCACCCAAACCGAAAUCAAUUCUGAAAUCACCUGCUGAACCACCUCCUCCAUCACUUUUCCGGGGAAUGGGUGGUAUGCCACCAAUGCUACCUGGCCGACGACCAUUGCUACCGGAUCCACGAAAUGUAAUGCAUCAUCCACCAAGAAAUCAAUUUAGACCGUUGGUAGCACUACCCCGAAUGAUACCGUCAGUAUUGAGUGGUGCUAAUUUCAUGCCACCACCUUCGUCAUCAGGCCGUUGGAUGGCACUGGCACCACAACGACAACGAUCACCUAGAAGUUCACCGUCUGAACAGUCUGCUUCCAGUUCCGGUUUGUCCGAUACAGCUGCAGCUAUGUCCAAAAUGCAGGAUAGUCCGACAGAGGCUCUGAAAAUUGUUGCCGACGACGAGUAA